ACGGACAUGCUGACUUGAGUACCUGUAAUCAAUAAGAUUGGCAGUAAUUCACUCGCAUGGCUCGCUCAUACUGGUCCAUGAACAAACCCACCUGUCAGGCAGAAAUGGCCGUCACACCAGUAAUCAUCGGCGUCGCAGACGUCAAGAACAAGUCCGACGUCCUCAAGGAGCCCGCGACGCUGAUGUUCGAGGCCAUCUCCCACGCCAUACAUGACACGGGGCUCGCUUCUCUCGCUCCUGUGAUAUCGCAGAUUGACAGCAUCGAUGUGGUGAGGACUUGGACAUGGCCAUACGCUGACCUUCCCGGCCUGCUGGGGAAGUGGCUGGGGCUCGACGAGAGGCCCGCCUGGACGAGGUAUACGGAGCAUGGCGGCAACGAGCCAGCUAGGCUGGUCGAUGAGGCGGCAGGCCGCAUUUCACGGGGUGAGACGAAGGUUGCUGUUGUUACUGGGGGCGAGGCACUGGCUUCUUUGACCGCAUUUUCAAAAUCUGGAAAAGCUGAGCCCCCAGGCUGGACAAAGCCGGACACCUCUGUGGACACUGUCUUCUCACCAUCGACGAUGGAUCUCGGUCAAGAUAUCGGCGGCAUACAUUCUAUUGGAACACCCAUACAGAUAUACCCGCUUUACGAAAACGGCUUCAGGGCGCACCGCGGGCAGACACCAAAGGACAACAACGACGAAUCGGCCUCCCUUUACGCCGACUUCGCACAGGUGGCUGCGACAAACCAGUACUCCUGGAAUUAUGGAGUGCCACCGGCAACAAAGGAAUCCAUAGGGGUUGUGUCAACAAAAAAUAGAAUGAUAUGCUCGCCUUAUCCUCUUCUCAUGAACGCCUUCAACACUGUCAACCUCGCUGCCGCAGUGCUCCUGACAUCGGCCGAAAACGCGAGGCAGCUCGGUGUGCCGGAGGACAAAUGGGUAUACCCUCUAGGUGGCGCAGGGAGGAAAGAGAGGGGCCAUUUCUGGGAGCGGCCCAACUUCUACCACAGCGACGCGAUAUCGAUCACUCUGGAUGAGUGCCUGUCGCUGUCAGGAAUUACACUCGGAGACAUCGACGUCCUCGAUCUAUACUCAUGCUUUCCCAUCGUCCCGAAACUAGCCUGCCACCAUCUCGGCCUCCCGAUUCUCAACAGUCCCAAGCCCCUGACGCUUCUCGGGGGCCUCACCUCAUUCGGCGGGGCUGGUAACAACUAUUCUAUGCAUGCCAUCACCGAGAUGUCGCGACAGCUGCGUGCUCGGAGGGCCAAGGCGGGACUCGUCCUCGCAAACGGUGGAGUGCUGUCAUAUCAGCAUGCUCUGUGCCUUUCGUCAGACCCACGAAGAGAGGAGUUACCCUACCCGGACAGCCGCGGCUCCUCCGGCGAUAUUGUAGGAGCUCCGGUAGCGGUGGAGCCAUUCGCGCAAGGAGAAGCCGUCGUCGAGACGUUCACGGUCCAGUUCGAUCGGGAAGGCAAUCCAGAGAUGGCUUUCAUCAUUGGCCGCCUGCGAGAAAAUGGCCGCCGUUUCGUCGCCAACCACGGCGACCAACGGACGCUGCAGGAGCUUGCUUCUUCUGUUGAGCAUGUCGGAAAGGUUGGGUGCGUCGAGAUCAGACGUGAUGGGAGUGGAGACCCUGAAAGCAACGCCUUCUUUCUGGGCCCUAGGCCGAGGAUGUAA